AUGAGAUCUCUCAGCCAUUUGCACCUUGACGAUGUAACGAAACGUACUCGCCAGCCCAAGAGCAGGAGUGACGAUAAGACCGCUCUCCCUUCGAAGAAUCAUACUCAAGAUGUCACGGAUGCUCACCUGGUUCAUGCUCCGCCGAUGUACGAGAGGUAUAUUCCGGUGCUUCCAUCCUGGCAUUAUCGCCAGCCGUCGCGCGUGCAGCUGUCGUCUAGUGGCGCUCUGACGGACAUGGAGCUAGAACGAUUGCAGGAAUGUCUGGCGGAUGAAUGGGAGCAAGAGCUACGGAUGACGUUCUUGUAA